AUGCCAACCAAGAAGAUAUUCUUCAAGUAUAACCAAGAAGAUGUUUACAAAGCAAUUGAAGAAAUUCAAGUGACUGCAAAAAUUAGGGAAACCUGUCGGAAAUAUAAUAUUCCUCACUCGACAAUAAUAAAUAAACUAAAAAUGAGGCACCCAUUACAAAGAAAAAUGGGGCCCCCAACAAUAUUAACGCCUCAAGAAGAAAAACUUCUUUGCAAAUGGAUAAACGCUUCCGCAAAAAAGGGAAUCCCUCUAAAAAAAGAACAGUUAUUAGACGCGGUGCAAAAUAUCAUUAAAAGCGACAAUCGUCCGAACCCUUUUAAAGGUAAGCCUCCAGGCCGAAAGUGGUUUAGUGGAUUUCUAAAAAGGAAUCCAGACAUAGCUCAACGACACGCUGAAUCCAUUAACUCUGCCCGUAGCCGUGUAACCGAAGAAGGAUUGAGAAGGUGGCAUUCGAAAUUGAAGGAAUUUCUCAUAUCGCAAGAUGUCCAGGACAUCCUUGAAGAUCCUGACAGAAUUUUAAAUUGCGACGAGUCUGGUUUCCAUAUUACUCCAGAUUCAGGAUUGGUAUUAGGUCCCAGGGGAAUGACAAAUUUCUUUGAAAUUAGAGACAUGGAAAAGGAAAGCAUAACCGUCUUAGGCACAUUUUCUGCAUCAGGAAAGUUAAAGCUUGUUCUAGUGAUUUACCCUUAUGAUCGAGUGCCCUCCGAAAUCACUAGAAACUUUCCUGAAAAUUGGUGCAUUGGAAAGUCUCCAAAAGGAUGGAUGACUUCUCGAGUUUUUUACGGAUAUAUCGGCAAUUCAUUAAUACCAGCUUUGCAUGAAGCAAAUAUUAAAUUUCCUGUCCUUUUGCUAGUUGACGGUCAUAGAUCCCAUAUAUCAUAUGAGGUGAGUCAGUUGUGCAACGAUAACAAAAUAAUUUUAUAUGCGUUGCACCCCAAUGCAACACACAUGAUACAACCAGCAGAUGUUUCUGUUUUUAGGCCGCUCAAACAUGCAUGGAAAAGUAAUGUACAGAAAUGGAAGUUGUCAACAGGGAAUAGAGUAGUGACAAGAGCCCAGUUUGCACCACUGCUGAAGUCGUCUCUUAAUGCAGCUACUAAUGAAGUCAUUAGUAACGGAUUUCGCAAAUGUGGCUUAUUUCCGUUCGAUGCAGAUGCCAUUGAUUACACAAAAUGUAUGAGCGAUCCUAGCAGACAUGAUGUUGUUGAUAAACCGGCAGAGUUGGGCAUAGAACAUUUGUUAUACUUUGAAUCACUAAUGUCCCGAAAACGGGUUGCAGAGUUUCGGGCUAUGAAAGAAGGCCAGCCAUGGGUGGGUGAGGAAUCAGCCAAAGAACUUUAUGACGUCUGGUGCAAAGUGUAUAAAACAGUUACUUUAUCGGAAACACUUCAAGGUAUGGAAAAAACAUCAAAUUCCACAGUGCAUCACUUAAAUAAUGCAGAACUAAGAAACAGCGAAACAGAUCCGAGAUCCCCACUAUCAGAAACUGGACCGAUCAUAUUGGAUUCGAUGUUAACGAGUCACCAUAUAAAAGAUUCGGUUGCUGUAAACCACAUGGUUGCUAAAACCGCAUAUGAUACAGGAAUCCCAGAUUCAAGAACACUAUCAACUUCAACAUUGGUAAAUUACCCCAUGGACCAAGAUCUGCUGCAUAUAUCACCGAGUUCCUCGUUUCUGAAUUUUCUUGAGACUAGUACUAGAAACUCUGUUUACAUGACUCCUUAUAAUUGCACCCCUGCCGAUUUGAGUCCUGAGCCACUUGCAUCAGGAACUGUUCCUGAAACAGGAGUAACGGAUUUGCUUCAACGACGAGUAAUACGUCCUUCAACUCCUAUGAAUUUACCAAACUACUCGCUUCAAAAAGUUUUAGAAACAACUCCUUUGAAAAGGCAAGCUAUAAUUACGAAAGGUUUAAUGCCUGAAACAUCAAAAAGCAAAAAUUCAAGAGAACACUUUGUGGUUAUUUCAGAAUUAUUUACAGAUCAAGAUAUCUUGUUUCCAUCUACACCCCAGCAGAGUUGUCCGUCAAAAGUUCGUAAUGAUGAAGGGGCGACAGCUAUUGCUGAAAAGAGUUUCAAUUCAAUCGCCGCGUCAUCCUUAAAACCUACAAGUUCAGAAGAACCUCCAGCCCAUUUUAGUCAGAAUCCACUAAUUAAUGAGUCAUGCAACCAAGAACAACAAACAAUACCCAAGAUUCGCACAAAGCGUGGAAUGCCUAUAAGUCCUGCAUUUGCAUCUGCUCUGAUAUGA